AAGGGGACGUAACUUGUCAGGAAGGGUUAGAAAGAACAGAGGUGGACUGCGUCUCCGAUCGAGCCACCAAAUAUCAACAAAUACCGUGGAAUUAACCCAUUUUUCUUCCCUUCUGGAUACUGGAUAUUCUUCUCGGGGAGGUUUUGGAAUAAAACAGCCGACCAGCGAUAGUUAAAAUCCUUCCAGCGAGGAGCUCCAACUUAAGUGAAUCGUCUAAUGUACUAAAACGAAACGGAAGUAACUUGCCAGCUGCCUGGCUAAGCUUUGCUAGUGUCUGAAUGUCAACUCUGUGGGUGAUGGAGUUGAGCAGGCAACUCUGUGGGAAGAUGAGGAGGUCCAGUAGGAAGACCCAAUUCUCGCCAUCUCCUACUUCCGCUUGCGGCCUGGAGAUCCACUUUUACAGAUCGGAUUUGAACCAGCUAGAGUUUGUCAGCGGCUGCUUCACUGGAGAGGAGCUCUGUGUGGAGGCUGCCAAAAAAUGCGCUAUCUCUCCCCUGUGCCAUAACCUAUUUGCCCUGUACAAUGAGACAACUGGCAUGUGGUACCCCCCCAACUAUGAGUUCAAGAUCACAGAUGAAACCAAGCUCAAGUUACACUAUCGCAUGAGGUUUUAUUUCAGAAACUGGCAUGGCACCACUGAAGAAGAGUCUCCAGUUUGGAGACAUUGCAUCAGUAAACUCAAAAGAGGGCAUAGCCCACAGAAGACACCAGAAGGGACGCCCCUACUGGACGCUGCCUCUCUCGACUACCUGUUUUCCCAGGGCCAGCAUGACUUUCAGAAAGGCGUGGUUCCACUGAGGGUGUCCCAGUCAGAGGCAGAGCAGCACGAGAUAGAAAAUGAGUGUUUGGGCAUGGCUGUUCUUGCUAUUACUCACUAUGCCACGGACAUGGAUAUAUCCACUUCCAAUGAAAUCAGCUACAAACGCUUCAUCCCAGAGUCGCUGAACCGCAACAUUAAGCAGCGCAACUUUCUGACACGCAUCCGCAUCAACAACGUCUUCAAGAAAUUCCUCAGUGAAUUCAACCGUCGCACAGUCAGGGACAGCAACAUCACACCGUACGACCUGAAGAUCAAGUACCUAGCCACACUGGAGGGCCUGACCAGUGGACUGGGCAGCGAGGUGUUUGAGCCCACAUCGCUCGGUGUGACGCAGGAAGGGGAUAUCUGCAAUGGAGGUUACUAUGGGUACUACAACCAGAGCCAAGGGCAGAAUCAGAGCAUGGAGACGAGCCAUGACAUGCAGGUCCUUAUUACCGGUACCAAUGGUAUUUCCUGGAGAAAGAAGCCUCCUACAACACCUGUGAUCUCUAAAGAAAAGGCCAAGUCAAAGAAGAACAAACUGGAUGGAAAACAGAAAAAUGACAGAAAGAAAGACACGAGCGAAGGCUGGGUGGUGUUCUGUGACUUCCAUGAGCUUACCCACACUGUCAUCAAAGAGUCAAUAGUCACCAUCUUUAGACAGGACAACAAGAGGAUGGAGUUGCAAAUGGCUUCUAGAGCUGAGGCGUUGUCCUUUGCGGCCCUUGUGGACGGGUACUUCAGGCUGACAGUGGAUGCCCACCACUUCUUGUGCAAGGAGGUGGCCCCUGCUUCAGUGGUGGACAACAUUCACAACGGCUGCCACGGACCCAUCUGUACCGAGUACGCCAUCUACAAGCUGCGUCAGGAGGGCAACGAGGAGGGCACGUACAUUCUGCGCUGGAGCUGCACUGACUACCAGUACAUCAUCAUCACUGUGGUCUGCACUGAGCUGGACCUGAGAGAGUCUCGUCCUGUGCGUCAGUAUAAGAACUUCCAGAUUGAAGUGGGCAGCGAUGGGUUCCGCCUGUACGGCACUGAGACAUUUCGGAAAACUCUCGGGGAGCUGCUGGAACACCUGGAGGGCCAAAGUCUUCGCACUGACAACGUGCACUUCCAGCUGCUGCGCUGCUGCCCUCCACAGCCUCGAGUAGUACGCCUCCUCAUUCCACACAUUGUGCAGUACAACACUGCUGUAUUUACUACUUUGUGCAAUGCUGCAUCACAGCUGGGUGUGCCGCUGUGGGACUGGCUCUUCUUCUGGCAGAAGGUUCCAGAUCAAAUCCCUCUUGAGCCGCACAGGUUCAGACUUCUGAACCCGCUAGUCAUCAGAGAGACUGCACUGGAUCUUCUGAAAUACCCUCCACCCAGAACACGCCUGUGGGGCCAGGACCAGGAGGAUAAAAAGCUGGUCCAUGGCUUUGUGUGUGCUAAAAAUAUCCUGCUGGCCAGGGACGGACUGGGCACCGAUGAAGGAGGGCCUUUCAUCAAGCUUAGUGACCCAGGCAUCCCCAUCACCGUACUCACCAGAGAGGAGUGUGUGCAUCGUAUCCCAUGGAUCGCUCCGGAGUGUGUGAAGAGCACGUCCUCCCUGAGCGUCGCGGCUGACAAGUGGGGCUUUGGUACCACCCUGUGGGAGAUCUGCUAUGAUGGCGAGGUCCCCCUCAAAGAGAAGAAACUCACAGAGAAGGAGAGGUUCUAUGAAACAGAGUGCCAACUGGCCACUCCAGACUGCAAAGAGCUGGCUGAACUGAUGACCCACUGCAUGAACUACGACCCCAAGAAGAGACCUUUCUUCAGGGCUAUCGUCAGAGACAUCGACAUGCUGGAGGAAAAGAAUCCAUCUAUCAAACCCAAGCCUACACCAGAGGUGGACCCAACUGUGUUUGAAAAGAGAUUCCUCCGGAAGGUCCGAGAUCUUGGAGAGGGCCAUUUUGGUAAGGUAGAGCUGUGUCGGUAUGAUCCUCGGGGAGAUAGAACGGGCGAGCUGGUGGCAGUGAAGUCACUAAAGCCGGAGAACCGGGAGGAGCAGAGCACCAACCUCUCGCGUGAGAUCGACAUCCUGAAGGCACUCUACCAUGAAAACAUUGUCAAAUACAAGGGCAUCUGCCAAGAGGAAGGUGGUCAGGCCAUUAAGCUGAUCAUGGAGUACGUUCCACUGGGCAGUUUGAAGGAGUAUCUACCCAGACACAAAAAAGACACCAGCCUCAGCACCCUGCUCAGCUACUCCAUCCAGAUAUGCGAGGGAAUGGAUUAUCUUGGAUCUAAAAAUUACAUCCACCGGGACCUGGCUGCCAGAAAUGUGCUGGUGGAGAACGAGAAGACGGUGAAGAUCGGAGAUUUCGGCCUCACCAAGAGCAUCAAGGACAACGAGGGAUAUUACACUGUCAAAGAUGAAAACGACAGCCCUGUUUUCUGGUAUGCCCCGGAGUGUCUGACGCACUGUAAGUUCUACCUUGCCUCAGACGUUUGGUCCUUCGGGGUCACAAUGUAUGAACUCAUCACCUACUGCGACUCCUCCAAGAGCCCGAUGACGCUCUUCCUCAGUAUGAUUGGUAAGUCUCAAGGUCAGAUGACUGUCAUCCGACUGGUGAAGGUGUUGACAGACGGGAAGAGGUUGCCACGCCCCGAGGGCUGUCCGGAACCUGUGUACGAGCUGAUGCGCAGGUGCUGGGAGCAGUUGCCCGAGAGGAGAAUCACCUUUAAGCGACUCAUCGAGGAGCUGACCAUCAUGCAGCAGCAGCUCCAAAAUGACAUUUAAACCUUUCCAACUGCUUGAGGCUCUGGGACUGAAGUUGACUUUGCAUGCAGACUUGGGACCAGAUGCAAAACUGACCCCAGAUCAGCAUUCGCUUGGUGCAGCUUCACAGUACUGAGAGGAGGACUUGAAGGGUCUGAGCUCGCAUGAAGCCACGCUCCUUCAUACUCACAUAUAAACCUUCCACAACUUUGGUAUAAAGUCUUUACGUCCUACUCAACUAUCAUUUUAGUCUGCCGUAUUUCUACGAUUCCCUAUAUAUAAUAUUCUGAUAAUGUGAGUACUUUGGAUGAAAAUGUUAAUCCUUUUUAAAAUCAUGUAGCCUUAGCCCAAUGCGUAAUGUGACCUUAUAUCUUAUAAAGUUCCAAGUGUACUUCCAAGUGUAUCUAACAGAUUUAACCGUCUGCAUUGCGAGAAAUGUCAAACUCCUGUGGACUCGGCGCUUGUGUAGCGUGCGCCAAAGGCCUUAUAUUUGUGCGGACUCGUGGCCGUUGUCACACUCCCUGAUGGGAAACGAGCUCAGAAAGGAACUGUUUAACGCCUACUUUCACACAGUUUCAAUGGUUGCGUAGGGAUUUUUCUCUGAGGAUGGAAUCGUGUUGAGAAGCGUUUGGAAGGAUGAGAUGAAGAAGAUGGGACACAGGCAUUAACGCAGAUACUGAAGAUGUGGUUUUUCAACGUUUUAUGCCGCUUGUUUCAUGGGGAAAAAAAUCACCUGAUUGUUUUCUUUCAGAGAGCCAUGUAAUGAUCUGUGAUAAAUGUUUGGAUGUUUAUUGUGUGCCAGCAAUCAGUCAGCAAUGUUCCUUUCACUGCGUUCUUAUUGUUUUAGAGUCUGACAAACAGUUUGUCAUUUUCAAGUUAAAAUAGUAAUUGAUUUUAGCUUCUCGUCUGUUGGACUAAACAAGCACUUGGAAGAAAAGAAAAAAAUCACAUCUUUUGCCCUGUGUUGAGCUUUGCGAGGUCCUCUGAUUGUUUGAGGUGAUUCUGUUUAUAAUCUCCUGUUCAUUAAAUAAUGUAAUGGAUCUUUAAUCAGGACCUGUAUGCAUCUGAUUAGUUACGUCUGAAAUAUACAGCACUUGUUAAAACGUGUUAGUUGAGCAGUAAGAGAUUAAGUACCUGGGACAGACACUUGAGGGCAGCAUCACUUCACUUUACCCAGUUUUGUAGAUUGUGUUAAAGCCACAAAUACUUUAUAAAAUGUCUGUUUACUAUUCAUAUGAUGCAAAAAAAGGAGCCAUUUGCCAUUGCUGCGGAUUGUACAUGGAAGGACUGGUAUGGUAUUCACGGUUUGAAGUGAGAAAGAAUAAUCACUGAUUAUUCACUUGGCAUUUUAUGUUCAUUUUUUUCCAAAAAAUAUUAUUUCAUGAUACGUUUCAUAACUAUGUCUGUGCAUUUUAUUUGUAUCUUUUUAUUUUUAAUUCUCCAGUAUGACCCAACAUGUAUAAAUACAAUUUCAUGUGUGUAUGCGAAAUGGUUUGAGCAGAGGGUUUUUUCUGUUUUAAAUUCAUCCGUAGACGUGAGCCGUAAAAUCUCGUUCAGUCAGACGUCAUCACGACUUCCUCAAUGCAACUAAUGUAGCUUUUACCGUGAAUGUUGGCAGAAAGGCAAAACAAAGGGCCGUCAAGAAGACAAAAUUUGCGCUUCAGUCCACAAUUUAUUUAGGAAUGUAAAAGACAAUUCCUUCUGCUCAAAAUAAGAGAAAAGAAAUAUAUAUAUAUUUUCAAAAAAAUAAGACAGAAUGGGUUAUGGAAGGUAAAAGUAUCCAUAAAUACACAAUGAAAAAAUAAAUAAAAUCAAUGUUUGUUGUGUUCUGUC